AUGGCACUUAAAGAAGGUUUAGCCUUCCUCAACUGCGGGAACUCGUUCACUUUCCGAAGAGGUAUAACUGGCUCUAUAGUGGAUAUUACUAUGGUGUCAGACGAUCUGUUGGGCAGGACACAGGAGUGGAGGGUAGAAGAGGACAUGACCCUCAGCGACCAUCAGUACAUAACGUUCACUGUACGAGACAGCUCUGAAACGCUGGGAGGAAAACUGAGAAAAAGCGUCACUCAUUCCUGGGCGGUGAAUAAAUUACGAGUGGAAGACCUGAGAGCCUAUGUCAAGGAAGUGAAAGCUCGGAGACUGGCGGAAGAAGUAGCAGACGAUGGAAGUUGGGGUCCGACACAACUUAUCGACUACCUGAAAAAGGCGUGUGAUAAAUGUAUGCCCCGGAAGAAACCAGGGGGGGGGGAAGAGGCAGCCGGUCUACUGGUGGUCAGAGGAGGUAGCAGAGAAGAGAAGGCGUUGUCUCAAGGCGAGGAGGAUAGCCCAGCGUAUAAGACGGAAGGAGGGAAGGGCCGAGCAGCGUAG